CUUAUUCAGCAGCCUUCCCCGUGGGAUUUGGAAAUACUUGUAAAAUGAAGCGUUUGGCAGGAAUUGUGCAACUGCUUUUCCUACAGAUCUGGAUUCUGAAGGGAAGGACAAUGCCAGUAAACUCUACAGGCUGCAAACACACCAGUAUCUGCAACGAUAUCACUACCAUCCUGACACAAAUCCAAAAUAAGAUACGUGAGAUGCACACAGUGGACCAGAACCUCUCAGAUGAAUACGCUUUAAAAAACGGAUUCACUCGUGAUCAGGGUUAUUGCAAUCCAAAAUCCUUUGGACCUCAUGUUAAUCUGAAGAACAUCAGUGAAGAGGAGAGAUUUUUUGAGAUGCACAAAACAUUCUUAUUCCUGAGUGAUGUACUCACUCAAGUGGCAGAGUAUCAGGGACAGCUAAACGCAAACCAAAAAUCAUUCCUUAAGCAACUGUCUAAUACUGUGAACGGAAUCAAGGCAAUUAGCUCCAACCUGUCCUGUCUUCUUUGUCAAAAGUAUAACAGGACUCAAGAAAAUGAAAAUUAUGAAAAGCCCUUUCCAACACACCAGAAGGAUUUUCAGAAAAAAGUGUGGGGUUGCAAAGUGGUAACGAAAUAUAAAGAUUUCAUAUCUGAAGCUGCUGGGAUUGAUUUUGUAAAACCGUUGACACCUGACCAAAAAUAAGAGGAGAAAUAUACUUAAAAAGAACAUUUACUGCAAAUGAAUAAGGAUUGCACUGACAAAUGGACUCGUGACAAAAUGGAUUACUGAAUUAACCUGGAAGUUUCAAUUUACCACUAAGAGACCAACUACAAAGCAGAAAAAAUGAAUAGGUAAAUGGCAACCGUGUAACAGUAUUGAAAAAACUGACAUCUGGUCCCUGCAGAGUGAAAUGAAAAUUGAAAUAAGUACCGACUUGCUCUGGCUAGAAGUGAACAAAUACACAUAACUGAUGGAGAACUGGACAACUAGUCUUCCAUAGUA